AGAGCAACAUCAUCUGUGAUUUUAUUUAUUUAAAAAAAGACAAUAAAUACAGAACAAAUAAAUAUUUAUGGUUAAAUUAAAUACUAGUACUAUUAAUUAUUAAAUUGUUGCAAAAAAAUAAAAUAAAUGUAAAAUUACCUCCGUAAUAUUCCGUACUGUCUGAACUCUGAAGUUGAACAACCCUCAGGCGCUGACGUUUUCAUAGGCACUGAUCUUCAAAGUUUUCAAAAGAAGAAGACCCAAAGUUUUCAAAGCUAAUCACAUCACCAUUCACCAAGUACUACCAAAUUAUUCUCCACAUGCAUCCCUUAACACUUCUUAUAUUUCCUUUCCACCCCUCAACUUUUCCAGAGCAAAAAAUUUCAUUCCUUUUCCCACUAACCAAACAUGAAUAUCAAACCCAUCAUCAUCCUAGCUUUCUUAAUUUCCCUCUCUUUAACAAACGUCGUCGUUUCAGCUCGACUCUUUCCCAACGUCUCCUCCUGGCUCAACGCCCACGCCCCUACUGGAGGCGCGUGGGAUGCCUUUCUCAACUUUACCGGUUGUCACCGCGGCGACAAGUACGACGGCCUCGCCAAUUUAAAAUCAUACUUUGAACGAUUCGGUUACUUCCCUCACGCGCCGCCCUCGUCGAAUUUCUCCGAUGAAUUCGACGACGCGCUCGAAUCCGCCAUCAAAACUUACCAGAAGAACUUCAACCUGAACGUCACUGGCGUCCUCGACGACGCCACCGUGCAGCAGAUCGUGCUGCCUCGGUGCGGCGUCGCCGAUAUAAUCAACGGCACAACCACGAUGAACGCCGCCAAGGAGAACGAGACGGCGUCGUUUAGCAAGCCGAAGUUUCACACGGUGGCGCACUUCACUCUUUUUCCUGGCAUGCCGCGGUGGCCGGAGGGAACGCAGGAGCUGACGUACGCGUUCUUCCCCGGGAACGGGCUGAGCGACGCCGUGAAAGGCGUGUUCGCCGCCGCGUUCGCGCGCUGGGCUGAGGUGACGUCGCUGAAGUUCCGCGAAACGGCGUCGUACUUCGGCGCCGACAUCAGGAUCGGGUUCUUCAGCGGCGACCACGGCGACGGGGAGCCGUUCGACGGGAGCUUGGGGACGUUGGCGCACGCGUUCUCGCCGACGAACGGGAGGUUCCACCUGGACGCCGCCGAGGACUGGGUGGUUUCCGGCGAUGUGACGCGGUCAGCGCUGCCGACAGCGGUGGAUUUAGAAUCCGUGGCGGUGCACGAGAUUGGGCACUUGCUAGGGUUAGGUCACUCAUCGGUAGAAGAAGCGGUUAUGUUUCCGACGAUUUCUUCUCGGAAGAAGAAGGUGGUGUUGGCAAGGGACGACAUCGAAGGGAUUCAAUUCCUCUAUGGUUCCAACCCUAAUUUCAAUGGCUCCACCGCCACGUCAGCACCGGAGAGGGACGCUAGCGACGGUGGUCGGUGCCUCACUUGUGUGGGGCCCUCGUCCGGCGUUUUCGCUUUGUUGACAUUUGCGUUCUUAUUUUAGGUUUUUCUAUUAUUAUUUAUCGUAGGGGUAUGAUGCUUUGCACAUUUUAUUAAUUCGUGCCCAAUAUUUUUUGUUCUUAUUGUUGUUUGGUUUUCCAUUCACUUUCGUAUAGAAUUUUUCCUGGUGUAUAUGAUAUAAUAAUAAAAUUUCAUUAUAUAAAUCCAAGAAGUACUUUUA